AUGUCUGACGACGACUACAUAUUCUUCUAUCCUCACCCGGAUAUCCGCAACAACGACAUCGUCGUAAACGCUCCCAGCACAUCCCGCUUGCAGCAUUUGUGGGAUCGGGCCAAGUCACAGGAACCGAGUAUCGCUAGCCACAUUGGCACAGCACAAUGCACGCUCUAUGUCCUUUCCGAUUUGCCUACCGAGCCGGACGCCACACUCUUUUCCCGCAGUCGAGAAUGCCUUCGGCUGCACUGUCAUGAUGAGGACAAAGUUGCCACACGCUUCAGGCAGGUUAGCAAAUUCUUCCCCGAUGGGCCAUCUCCCGACAUGGUCCAUUUCUUGUCGUCACGGAAGACGAGUUUAGAUCAACUGGGAACUAUCCAGGAUCAGGUGCUCAGAGGCAUGCGGAAGGUUGUCGUUGACAAUGCCGACAAGUUUCAUGCUGGGCGACCCGCAGGAAAUUAUGGCCCCCCUGCCUGCCUCUUCAAUCACGCUUUGGGCCUCGUUGACUAUCGUUUGCGCCACCUGGACGAUGAUAUCUCUGAGCCCGCUCCUCCUCCGAUUCUCAUGCGAAUGGUGCACCAACUCAUGACAACCGCCGCCCGCAGCUGUUCAUCGGAGGAUGAUCGGGUGGGGGCCAUGAAGACUUUGCUCGGCAAGAUAUUCUCAAAAGCGUUGCAUUGGAAACCCCCCCAGGGGACCUAUGGCAUUGUACCGCAUGCUAUCAAUGCGGACGAUCCCCCUUUCGUCGUGGUGGAGGUCAAGAAUGAGGCCGGUCUAGAAGGUGACGCCUCCCUGCAAGCAGGGUUGUCGUACGCACAUAUCGUAACUGCACCCCAGUUCAAGGCCUUGCGGAGACAAUCGAAUUAUCCUGCCAUCCUUUGUGGAUUCAUGGGCAACCUGCUCGAGAUCAGCGUUGCAAUAUACACUGACGGAAUGUAUUGUGAUUUGUUGUUUUCUGAGCGGCUGCACUUGGGAUUCCAUUCUGCGAAGAACGUCCUCCGUCUUUCCCGAGCACUCACAGCCACUCGGAAGGCUAUCGCUGACCUCACGGCGUUCUACGCACAACUCAAGGCCGUCCCUGGGGCACCUCCUCAAGCCAGCAUCGCUCAUUUGUUCCCUUCGCCCUUGAAGAUCCCUUCCUACACGGGUUUUGUUCCGUCGCUCACUUUCACGCACCGGCUGACACGAUCAGGCGAGGCUGUUUUGUUGGCCGCUUCCGAAGAAACGACGGCGCCCUCAUCACCUCGCGACACACAUACCGACAGCGUCGAAGUAGUGGUGAAGCUCACCGAGCGAUAUCACCCGGAAGCGCACAGGAUACUUGCAGCCGAGCACCUCGCGCCAGCGCUGCACGUCUGUGUCCCGGUAUGUGGCGACCUGUUCAUGGUCGUAAUGGAACGUGUUCACGGCGAGAUGGCAUGGGAAGCCGCGAAUCGGCAGGAGCUCCUUCCGUACCGCAUCUACCAGGAUAUCAAGCGUGCCAUCGCGCUGCUCCACUCGCACGACCUCGUCUUCGGUGACCUCCGUACCCCGAACACAAUGGUCGUCCCUGGUGGAUCUGGCCUUGACGACGGACCUCGGGGCAUGCUUGUCGACUUUGACUGGGUCGGGACGCACGGUCGCGGUAGAUAUCCUGCUUCUCUGGACGAGGGUCUUCCGGACUGGGCGACGAGCAGUAUCCAGCGAGAUGGGAUCAUGGACAAGGCACACGACGUCGCGAUGCUGGGUCAGUUCAAAGAGCAAUGCCAUCAGGCGUAG